AUGGAGGUUGUUUCUUUAGCAUCUUCAAGUGAUUCACAGCGAAACGAAGAGCAAAGAUCAUCGAUUGAAGAGAAUUUGAACUUGGGGUUAGCUGAUUUCCCUCCGUUGAGUAACUCUUUGGGUGAAAAUGGAAGUCGAAUAGAAAAUCCUACAUCUGUUUCGAAAUUGGGUUUGAAUGGUGUUUGUGAUGAUGGGGAUAAAGAAGGGGUGUCAAUUUCUUCUGAAAUUCUCCAAGAGGAAGUUAAAGCUUGUGAGGAAUUAGUGAUUGGGUACUGUGUAGGUCGAAAACUUCCAUUCUCGAUGGUGAAAAAAGCAACGGAUGAACUGUGGAAGACGAAAUCAGAGGUAUCAAUUACUUUACACAGUAGCAAUUCAUUUGUUUUCAAAUUUAUGAAUGUAGAUGAUAGGAAUUUAUCCCUAGAUAAGGGAGCUUUCUACAUUGGUAAGAGUCUGUUUAUUGUCAGACCCUGGAGUCCAUGGAUUGAAAAUUCCAUUGCACAAUUGAAGUCUAUUCCUGUGUGGAUUAUGAUUUAUAAUGUUCCUCUUCAUCUCUGGAACAAUAUAGGUUUGAGUCCAAUUGCUAGCUUUGUAGGUAAACCAUUGUUGAUGGAUGAGUGCACUCGGAAUAAAACUAGGCUUAUUUUUGCUAGAGUGCUUGUAGAGAUUAGCAUCGAUUCUGUGUUUCCCAACUCAAUUCCACUGUGGGUUGAUGGAAAAUUUGUUAUGAACCUCCCUGUGGAAUAUCAAUGGAAACCUCAGAAGUGUGCUCUUUGUUCAUCCUUUGGCCACUCUAGCAACAUAUGUUCGUUAAAUGGGGCUAAGAGUAAAACUCGGAGGACUCCUUGGAAGAAGCAAACCUGUGCGACUCUAGAGAAGAGGCAGUCAUUUUCUAAGGAGACGUCAAUUGAGAAGGAAAAUGAUGGAGGUGUGAAUAUUGAGAACGUAGAUGUGCUCAUCCCACCCAUUGAUGUGCAACCCAACCGGCAAAUGGUAGUAGAUGGUGUAGGAGCUUUUGAGAAAAUGGCAGAGAGUGGUGAUCUGAACGAAGAACCGUUUAUUGAAAGCAAGACUUAUACUAGAAAGAAUAAAGAAUCAAGAGCAAGUUCUCAAAUUGUUAAUGCUGAAACGGUGGAAGCGCUUCCUAAGAGUCGAGAAGAAGAAGACAAGUCAGUUGAUACAUCUUGCGAAGUUGAGAAGAACCAUGAGGAUGUGGUUAUUUGUGAAGAUGCAAGCGGGGAGUUUGAGCAUGGAACUUGUGGAAAAGUUGUGUGUUGA